UUGACAGACAAGAAGAGGAAACAGAAGUUGUUCCUCUCCCCGCGGCGAUGGUUGGUGGUCGACUUUUUUAUCUUCGCUACUUCUUCAUAUACAGCAUUGUGCUGCUUCACUGGGUCUGUCUCCAUUAUGUGGAGGCUUCCAGUGGAAAACGUGUCAUUCAUAAAGAAGUUGGAGAUACUGUGGAGCUUUCAACAGGCUUACUGACUGAAGGUGUGACUGAGGCAAAAUGGAAAUAUGGAGAAAUAACAGUUGCAGACAAAGACAUCGGUGUUUCUAAAAAUUCUCCGUUUAAGGACAGAUCAGAGCUAAACUUUGAAGACUUUACUUUAACAGUGAGAAAACUGACUCUUCAAGAUUCUGGAGAUUUCAUUUUUCUUUCAUCUGUAAAUGACACACAGAGGCCUUCAGUCACCAUCACUCUGCAAGUUCAUGAGACCAUGACUAAGAAACCUGGCAUAAAAAUCAAUUCCACCUGGAUUCCCUCAAAUGAAUCAUGUAAAGUUUUGCUGGAGUGCAGAGCAACUGGCAAUGUCACCUACAUCUGGACUGUAGGAAACCAAACACUAACUGGCUCAAAGCAACAAUACAUCCUCAGGGAGCAGGAAGGAGAGAUCACAUUCACCUGCACAGUUUCCAGUUAUGUCAGUGAGAAGUCUGCAUUUGAAACAGUGAAGUGUACACAAGAAGAAAGUUUUGCAGAAAAACACUUCGUCCUUUUGGUGAGUGUAGCUGCUGGAACUUUGAUGCUUGUCAUUAUAUUCAUAACAACUGUGGGACUCUGUUGCUGCAAGAAAAGACAUUCUGGAAGUGACACAAAUGACCUCACUGUGUAUGCUGAUAUUGGUGAGAUUACAAAUGAAGAUACGACAUCAUCUACCAUGACUCCUUGCUCGGUGUACGAAACCAUUGAUGACAGAACCAACACAGUUAAACCUGGGCCACAGACAGUGUACGACAAGAUCCAGCUUAAUCGUGUGAGGAAAGUUUCAGUGUCACCCUACCAAGAAGUUUCCUAGAUGGUGCAAAGCUUUGAAUGGCUUUCGUUUGUUUGUCUAUUUCUUAUAUAAACAUAAAAAAAUGUGGACUAUAUUAUUUUGCUUAUAGCAACAUAGAAAAAAUGGGCAACCCAAGAAAAUAAAGGCUAAUAUGAUAAGGAGAGAGGCCACGUGUUCUAAAGGGAGAUUAAUUAUUUUUAGCCUUGAAGAUUAUAUGAAAAAGUGUCAUUAUUUUUUGAUGGUGUAAGAUAUGAAAACAUGUAACAUGUUGUUAUAUGCUGUAAAUUUUGUAAAUACAGAGUAUAUUAUAAUUUUUUUCCUGUGAUACAUUGAAUACCAUUAAUGCGACUGUAAAUUGUUUAUUAAUGCACAUAUAUAUUUAAUAAUAGUUGGUUACCAAUAAGGUUUCACACAGAUGCAUUGCUGUAAACCUACCUGCACA